AUGAGACCCAUUCUGCUUUCCGGUCACGAGAGAGCUCUGACCCAAGUCAAGUUCAGCAAGGAGGGCGACUUCAUCUUCUCCGUCUCCAAAGAUCACAACGCAUGCGCAUGGUGGUCGCACAACGGUGAGCGCUUUGGCGUCUACAAGGGCCACCAGGGUGCUCUCUGGACGAUCGACGUCGACCCGCGCACCGUCCUGCUCGCAACCGGCGGCGCCGACAACACCAUCAGACUGUGGGAGGUCAAGACGGGCAAGCUGUUGAAGACGUGGGAGUUUGGAACUGCCAUCAAGCGCGUCGAAUUCAACGAGGACGGCACGCAGCUGCUGGGUGUCACCGAGAAGCGCCAGGGCCAGCUCAGCACAAUCCUCGUCUACGACAUCAACCAGGACCCUGAAGGCGAGCAGGCCGCCGAGCACUCGUUGCGCAUCGUCGUCGACGACAUUCCCAAGGUCACAGUCGCUGGUUUCUCGGCCUGCUCCAGAUACAUCAUCUCGGGCCACGAGGACGGCUCCGUCACCCAGUGGGACGCAAAGACUGGCGAGGAGUACGAGCGCGCCUACCCCCACGAGGAUGGCAUGAUGGUCACCGAUCUGCAGUGGUCCGCCGACCGCACCUACUUUGUGACUGCCUCCAAGGACAAGACGGCCAAGGUACGACUGCCCUUCUCUCCACCUCCUCUUGAACAACUGCUAACCCAGCACAGCNUCAUGGACGCCAAGACGCUCGAGGUCAUGAAGACAUACGUCGCCGACACGCCCCUCAACUCUGCCGCCAUCACACCCGUCAAGGACUACGUUAUCGUCGGAGGUGGUCAAGCCGCCAUGGACGUCACCACCACCAGCGCCCGCCAAGGAAAGUUCGAAGCCCGUUUCUACCACAAGAUCUUCGAGGAGGAGAUUGGCCGUGUCAGAGGUCACUUUGGUCCCCUCAACUACGUUGCCGUCUCGCCCCUCGGCACUGUCUACGCCUCUGGAGGUGAGGACGGUUACGUCCGUGUCCACCACUUCGACCAGCCCUACUUUGAUUUCAAGUUUGAGGUUGAGCGCGAGUUGAGGCUGUAA